AUGUGGACAUCCCCGUCCAGACUCUUUCUCUCUUUCGGCGCACUGCUGGUUGCCGUGGCUGGUUCGGCCACGAGCGCCGAAGUGGAUGUGACUUUUCAAAGCGUGAGAAAUGAGAUGGUAAAAGAUUAUAGUGGGCAAGGGGGUGAUAUUCCUGAUCAGAAAUAUUUUCGGGAAUCAGACUUUCACUAUCACUAUGAUGGGCGAUUUGCCAACGACACACUUCCAGCGGAAGAGACCAUCCCUCACCUUUCCGAACUCAUCCGAACGUAUCUGUCAACCAUGGCCGAUCUUGGAGCAGAAACAUGGAUAAUGCACGGGACUCUGUUGUCGUGGUGGUGGAACCAGAAGAUCUUCCCAUGGGACAAUGAUAUCGAUGUCCAGGUCACGGAACCAACCAUGCGAUUCCUGGACAAGUACUAUAACAUGACCGAGCAUCAUUUCGAUAUCCCCGGUGUCGAAGGCGGACGUUCCUACCUACUCGAAAUCAACCCGUUCUACGUUAUCAGAUCCACCGACGAUAAAGCGAACGUGAUCGAUGCGCGAUGGAUCGACAUGUCCUCUGGCCUAUUUAUCGAUAUCACCGCUGUGCGCAAGGACGACGCUGCCCUAGAGAAGGGUGAUGCUGGUGCUUUGAUGUGCAAAGAUGGCCAUCGAUUUCAAGAAAAUGAUAUCUUCCCUCUUCGAAACAGUCACUUCGAGGAUUUCCCAGUCAAGAUUCCCUACCAGUACACGAAACUUCUGGAGGAUGAAUAUGGCCCCAAGGCUUUGACUGACACCGACUUCGAAGGUCAUCAUUUCAAUGAAGAAACCCUGAUUUGGGAAAAGAAACCGGAUGAAGAAAAAAGAGAUUUUGUCCGACGAGAGGCCAGCAUGCCUGUCCGGGCUUCCCCCCUCGACCGCCGAUUAAAGUGA